AAAAAUGAGACCAAAAUAUUAGUAAACUUAGAAUGAUAGUAACACUCAAGUUAGAAUUAAUAUUAAACAUGAUUCACCAAUUCGAAUUGAAGUGUUAAAAUAGACAGGAGAGAAGGUUGGAGAAAAUGAAAAGAUUGGAGUUUACGUAUUUUAAAAUCAGAAUAAAUCGAUAAUGGCUUCAUCAGAAGGAUUUAUUGCUUGGGCAUAAGAUUAAAAAGUAUUUGAAAUACCUGCCACUGAACAGUAUUUCACAAUAGGAAUUAUUUAUAAAAAUAAAAGCGAAAUGCCUAAUCAAGUAUGAAAAAUAUAAUUAAUUCAAAGCAAGAGGACUAAGAAAAUAGUGUAGCUUCAACUUAACAAAAUUAUACUAAAUUGAAUUUUUCUUAACUCUCAAUUAAGAAUUGUUAAGGAAAUAUUUAAAUCUUAAAAUGGAGAGUUAAUGUAGGAGAUUAUAUAUCACCAAUGAUGAUUUUAGGAAUUUGUGUAGAAGAAAAUCAAGAAGAUGCAAUAGAUUUGAAAUCAAAAGUAAAAGGUCGAAUCAUAUCAUUGGCUAAAACUAAAACAAUUUUAUUAAGAUGUGAUACAUUAUUAGUAAUUGAUGACACAUAGACUUGUAACCAUUUGAAAAUAGAGAAUAAUUAUUGUCUUAUUUGCAAUGAGAAAGUGAUUAGAAAUGCAGAAACAUUAGAUCUUAAUUAUUCGGAUGACAUUUCUAAAAAGAUUUCAAAAGAAAUAGUUCUUGACAUUUUAAAAAAAAGAAAACUUAUAAUGGUUCUUGAUUUAGAUUAAACUAUUUUACAUGCUAUAAAAGUUACAACAAGUUUUAAUAAAUAUGAUUUUUGUGAAAAAUAAAAUAAAAUGAUAUAAGCAGAUAGUGAAGGAUAAUUUAAUGGAUUUCAAUAAUUGGGAUUUAAUAUUAAAGAACAUUUUUUAGAAAUGUCUUGUGAUUAAUAGAGCAAAUUUAUUAUUAAAUUAAGACCCUAUUUUGAAUAGUUUUUCUUAACAUUAAUACCACUUUUUGAUAUUUUCAUUUAUACUAAAGCAAGUAAAUCAUAUGCAGAUUUUAUCUUAAAUUUUAUUUCAAAUAGAUUAAAUGAAAUAAUUCCUGAACAUAAACCUUUUUUUCCUCCACAAAGAGUUCUAUCACGUGAAGAUACUAUUUGUUCAAAUAGUAAAUCAUUAAAUAGAUUAUUUCAUCCAGGAAUAGCUACUAAUUUAUUAGUAAUUUUAGAUGAUAAUGCUGGAAUGUGGAAUUAGUUUAAAGAAAAUCUUAUUCAUACUAAACCUUUUGUUUACUUUAAUGAACAUAGUUCAACUAAAGAUGGAUAAGGGAUUGCAACAGAUAUAGAAAAAGAAGUAUAAAUUUAUAAUAAAAAUGAUUUCUGGUUAUAUAUAAUCACAUAAAAAUUAAAGGAAAUAUCUGACAAGUUUUGGAGUCAUAUUAAAUUAGCUUAAGAUGAUCCUAAUUUUGUAGUUGAAUUUGAAUAAUAAGUAUGUAAAUCAAAAAAAAUUAAAACUGAAAUUAUUGAAGAAAUAAAUGGUAAAAUGGAAGAAAGAACAUUGUUAGAUUUAAUCAUAAAUAGAAAAAUAAGUGCUCCAACAUUAUAUUCAGAAAUUAGAAGAUCAGUUCUUAGUGGAGUGACAUUAUUUUUUGCUAUAUCUGAAGCACAUGAAGAAAAUAUUAAAAGAGGAUUAGAAUAAUCAAAAGAUAAAGCUGUAUAUUUAGGUGCUAAAGUUUAUAGAGAAUUUAAAGAAGAUCUUUUUGUUGGACAGGAAAAUAGUUAUGUAAUUACUGUUGGAAGAAGGAAAAUUAGAAGUAUUAUGAUUGCUUAAGAAAAAAGCAUUCCUAUUAUACAUUAUAAAUGGAUUGAAGAUUGUGAUAAUUAUUUAUAUAGAGCAGAUUAUAAAUUAUACAUUGAAAAAGAUGAUGGAAAUAAUUAAAAUUUAUCAGAAGAUAAUUAAAGAGAUUAUGUAUUAAAGUGUUAAUUAAUGAAAAUAUGA